AUGGGCAGUGAAACUCAAAUUGCUAAUAUUAUAAAUGAUAUUUUAAAAGUAGAAGCAAUAGAGGAGGCAUUCAGCUGUGUCCUAGUUCAUCAUCCUAAUAAUAAAAAUGAAAAAAUAACAGUAUGGCAAAAUGAGUUAAAAACAGCUAUGAAUGGGUUGACAAAGGAACAACAGGAAGCGGCUGUUCGUCAAUUUUUAUCUAUGGCAGCAGUUAUGACUAAUCAUAAACGAUUGCAAUUAUUGCUAUCAUUGUUAGAGAACUUAGUACAAACAAGUGUUUUACCUGCUAGAUUAGUAUGUGAGUGUAUCUUAAGUUGUGACAAAUUGCAAUACCAGUUGGAAGACUUUUGGGUUGAAUGUUUUACUGUUCUUCGACGUAUUAUUGGUGGAGUUGAUUACAAAGGAGUUAGAGAAAUCAUGAAAGCAUGUAAAGAAAAGGCCCAAACUAUACCAGCUCGAUUAGAUGCAUCAGUACAACCACAAUUAAAGGCUUUGGAGAAUAUUCUUGAACAUAUUUUCGAUAGAAAUUCGUGUUUACUGCCAAGUUAUUUUAUUGUCAAUGAAAUACAGAAAGCGUAUCCUGACAAUAAAAACUGGCCUCACUGGAAAUUGGCAAAACUUCUCUCCAGUUUUGUUGAAGGUUUCCGAAAUACAGCGCAAAUGGUAUCUAUAGUGGGACAUUCAAAAAUGUUACCAGUAGUUGAGCACACAGGAUAUGCUGACCAUUUGAUUAAUCCAUGGUUGUUAGAUCCUACCACAUUGAAGUUCUCCUUGAAAGGAAACUUGCCUUAUGAUCCAGACUUACUUAAACCUCAAACAGAAUUGCUUAGAUAUGUUCUAGAACAACCUUAUAGUAGAGACAUGGUCUGUUCGAUGCUUGGCUUACAAAAACAGCAUAAACAACGAUGCAUCGUCUUGGAGGAACAAUUGGUAGAACUCGUUAUACUUGCGAUGGAACGAUCUGAAAACGAGACCUUGCCAGCUGAGGGAACGGAUGGUACAGUGGCCAAUCACUGGGUGUGGUUGCACUUGUCCUCACAACUCAUCUACUUUGUUCUCUUUCAAUUUGCGUGCUUCCCGAGCACUGUUAUGGCGAUACAUGAUAAAUUGGCCGGCAGAGAACUGAGGAAGGGCAGAGAUCAUUUAAUGUGGGUUCUCCUGCAAUUUAUCUCCGGGAGCAUACAACGGAACCCAUUGUCGAAUUUCUUACCGGUGCUAAAGCUGUACGAUCUUCUCUAUCCGGAAAAGGAGCCCUUACCUGUUCCGGAUUACAGUCAAGCACUAUGCACUCAUCAAAUGGCUAUCACAUGCAUAUGGAUUCAUUUGUUGAAGAAAGCUCAGUCGGAACAUUCCAACAUUCACCGACCUAUACCACACACGUUGAAGGUUCAUCACGAGUUCCUGCAGCAUCUAGUCAUGCCUAAUACUUCUCUCUGUAUGGGUUCCGAUUAUCGUAUAGCAUUGUUGUGCAAUGCUUAUUCGACUAAUCAAGAGUACUUCAGUAGACCGAUGGCUGCCUUGGUAGAUACUAUUCUAGGCACACAAAAAGGCCAACAACAACAACCAUUGCAGACCUUGCAGAAUAACGCAGCACUAGCGAAUGGUCCGACCACGCCGUUGUCGAUGUCUAUCUUAGAUUCAUUAACUGUACAUUCAAAAAUGAGUUUGAUUCACAGUAUUGUCACUCAUGUAAUAAAGUUAGCGCAAUCCAAAAGUAACAUGGCAUUGGCGCCGGCGUUGGUCGAGACCUACAGUCGACUUUUGGUGUAUACAGAAAUAGAAAGUCUUGGUAUUAAAGGAUUUAUUAGCCAACUGUUACCAACUGUAUUCAAAUCGCACGCUUGGGGAACACUGUACACCUUGUUGGAAAUGUUCAGCUACAGGAUGCAUCAUAUUCAGCCACACUAUAGAGUACAACUACUCUCGCAUCUUCAUAGUCUUGCAGCGGUACCGCAGACCAAUCAGACGCAAUUGCAUCUGUGUGUCGAGAGCACCGCUCUACGGCUGAUCACUGGAUUGGGCUCGGCAGAAGUGCAGCCACAGCUAUCUAGAUUUCUGUCAGAACCCAAGACCCUGGUUUCCGCAGAAUCAGAGGAACUCAACCGCGCGUUAGUGUUGACACUGGCUCGGUCUAUGCAUGUAACAGGCACAGGCGCUGAAACUCUUAGCGGCACCUGGUGCAAGGAUUUACUGAACACCAUUAUGCAAAACACACCGCAUUCUUGGGCUUAUCACACUCUCGAGUGCUUCCCGCCGGUGUUGAGUGAAUUUUUUCAGCAGAAUAGUGUAGCAAAAGAGAACAAACAGCAGAUUAAGAAGGCGGUUGAAGAGGAGUACAGGAACUGGGCAUCGAUGAGCAAUGAGAAUGACAUUAUCGCGCAUUUCUCUGUACCUGGUACACCUCCGUUAUUCCUUUGCUUGUUGUGGAAAAUGAUACUCGAGAUCGAUCGUAUCAGCCCGAUUGCGUACAAGAUCCUGGAGAGAAUCGGUGCUAGAGCGCUGUCAGCGCAUCUCAGGAAGUUCUGCGACUAUUUGGUUUUCGAGUUCGCCAAUAGCGUAGGUGGUCAGCACGUUAACAAGUGCGUAGACACAAUUAACGACAUGAUUUGGAAAUACAACAUAGUGACCAUCGACAGACUGGUGUUGUGUCUGGCAUUGAGGACCCAGGAAGGUAGCGAAGCACAGGUGUGCUUCUUCAUUAUACAGCUGUUGCUGUUGAAGUCCGCGGAGUUCAGGAACCGUGUGCAAGAAUUCGUCAAGGAGAACUCACCGGAACACUGGAAGCAAUCCAACUGGCACGAAAAGCAUCUUGCCUUUCACAGAAAGUUCCCGGAGAAGUUCGCUCCGGAAGGCAUCAUGGAGCAGACCAGCGGAGGACCCAGUCAGUAUCAAAGUUUACCCGUGUACUUUGGUAACGUUUGUCUACGCUUUCUACCGGUUUUUGACAUAGUGGUACACCGAUAUUUAGAAAUACCGCCCGUCAUCAAAAGUCUGGAAACGCUAUUAGAGCACUUGGGCUGCUUAUAUAAAUUUCACGAUCGUCCCGUCACAUACCUUUACAAUACGCUACAUUACUACGAAAGAAAGUUGCGAGAUCGACCGCCAUUGAAGCGUCGGUUGGUUUCUGCCGUUUUAGGCUCGUUACGAGAAAUCAGAGCACCAGGAUGGGCUCUCUCCGAGGCUUAUCAAAUGUACAUGACGCGUUCUGCAGACGAUGUGGUCACUUGGAUACCAGAGUUGGACUAUUACAUUCGCCUUGUACGCAGAAUCGUGGAAACAAUGUCAGGUACGGCUCACUUCCCUGCUACCGACUGGCGAUUUAAUGAAUUUCCAAAUCCAGCGGCGCACGCAUUAUAUGUCACUUGUGUGGAACUCAUGGCGGUUCCAGUUGCACCGAAUCUGGUAGCUAAUUCUUUGCUGGACGUUGUCGCUAAAGGGUACACUGUUGUGCCGUCGGACGAGAUACAUUUGUGGAUAAAUUGCGUUGGUUUACUGCUGGCAGCACUGCCAGAAUGUUAUUGGUCAGCAUUACAUGACCGUUUGGUGGAGACUAUCAGCAGCCCCGGCCUGGCCAAUUGGCAGUACAAUAACUUGACACCAUUUCAAAUGUUCAAUUUCAAUACUACGCACAACUGCUUGCUAGAAAACAAGUACAGCUAUAUGCUUGCGUUGGCACAUUCAGUUUGGCAUCAUGCUGGUGUAGGACAGAUUACAACGAUGCCUCGGUUCAUCAAGGAAAAACUUCAGCCUGUUGUAAAUAGCGAAGAACAAUUGAUAUAUGCUUGUCACUUGAUUGGUCCUACAUUGGCAAGGUUCAAUGCAGAGCGGCCACAAUGUGUGGUCGAACUUGCAGUCUGCCUGUACGAGAUGUUAGAACAAGUCGACCGUGCUCAGCCACUUUUACGUUACAUGGACUCAGUUUGUGAUUUGUUAUAUCAUGUAAAGUACAUGUUCGUCGGUGAUAUGAUGAAAAACGAAGUGGAAUGUAUCAUACGAAGAUUGAAGUACCCGCUACAACGAAGACUGCGUUUCAUCACUCAUUUAAAUUUGGAGGAAAUUCAUACAUCCUGAGAUCCAAUUACCUCCGUUCCUAUGGAAACUACUUAGUAUACAUAAUGGACUAUGCGUAUUUCAGUUAGAUGGACAUCAACACACUCAUUCCACAGAGAACCAAAUUAUUAUUAUUAGUUAAUAAUAAUAAUAAUUAUUAUUAGUUAAAUAAUUAUUAAUUAAGAAUUUAGUUAAAUUUAGUAGUUAAGAAGAUAUGAUUUUCAACAACAAAUUUUUGUUUCCUCGCCGCGGCGAAAUAUCUUAAAUUGGUGGUAUAAAAAGCGAAAAAAUGCAUAUUCAAAGUUUAUGAGAAGUAUGCUGAAACAAAAAAAAGCGCCCAUCAAAUGACGCAAUCGGGGAUGGGAAAAUUUACAAAAUAUUUCGAAAACUUCUCUUCUAUUCUAACGAUCAAUAAAUAGCUAUAAAAUUAAUGUGGUAUCAUUACGUAAUUAAAAAAUGAGCUAUAUGUCAUCAAUUUAAGGUAGCCACGGCUGCGAGGCAAGACUUUAAUUCAUAACAAAUAUAAAAUACGUAUAUAUAACACUGUACAUAGUGCCACAUCGUAAACAUAUUGUUUUUCGAUGAAUUGUCUUUUGUAAAGCAAAAACUAAUGCUUAUAUCGAUUUUAUAAUCAUAUACUAGAUAAUAAGGUCUUUUAUCUUAUAAAUAUUGAUUUUUUACGUGACUUAAAUCUAAUAAGAAACUAUAUUAAAACAUUUUUUAAAUAUGGUCAUCUUGCAACUGAUACUGCUGCUAUUGAAAUAAUGACAUCUAGUUAUAAUAUAUUAUUAUAUAUUAUAAUAGUAUAUACAUAUCGUCCGUCGUUAUACACGUUCGAGGCUCGAUAUCCGCCGAAUGUCAAUUUAUAUUAAAACUUAAAAAAGAAUAACAAAUGAGAGUUAUUAGCGUGCAAUCCUAUAUUGAUUCAAAAUAACCCAUAUAUCAUUAAGAAAGCAUAUCUCUAGCAAUAUUCUAAGACGAAUUUUCCUUUGCCAAAGUUUGUCCAAAACCUAAUUUUUUAAUUAUAAAAAGAAGAAUAGUUGGCUUAUUCCUGGCCAGAUACAGGAAGUAUGCAAGAGUGGCGUCAAACGCAUCGCCAAAUGCGGGUAUUUACAUGAAAUACUUGUUGCGGUCAGUUGGUACAUACAAUGAUACUCGCAUAACGUGCGAACACGUUGCGUAUCUGUCUCUCUCUUUCUUUCCCUGCGUCCCUCCCUCAUUCACUCACUUACUAAUUCCCCCAUUUUUAAUUUACUACUUUUAUUAAAUUAUAAGAAGAUACCCGAUAAUCUGUACGCAAUUUAACGAUUGGCAGAUGAAAUAGAAUUUGUCGACAGAUGUAUAGACAUCUGCGUCCCCAAUCUGCCGUCAGACCGCUAACAGGGCCUACUAACAGACUUUGUAGCAAAUUGAUGGCAGAUUGCGCACCGUCAAUCUGCCGUCAGCGCUUGUCGACGGGCUCUUUGCUGCAUUCUGCUGCUAAUCUAUCAUCAGAGUCUGUUUAACAGAUUCUGUAUACGAUAUGUUAUUUUUCUGUCAGCGGACACUAAUAAUAGACUCUGCGCAAAAUCUGUUUUAACAAAUUUGGCUAUGUGGGUGAU